AUGCCUAAGAAAGCUAUUAAGAUGGACCUUGGCUCCUUUUUAAAGGACGACAAAUUUGGAGGAAAUUCGUGGGCUGAUGACUUUGACCCCAACGACCUUAGUGUUGAUUUGGCAGGUCCUGGUGGAUCCCUUGAGAUGCCUGGUGGUUCUACGAGUUUCAGUGGAGCAUCUUCAGGACCUAGUGGUGGUUCUGAUGACAGAUUCAGAAGAGACAGAGAUAGAGAAGAGUAUCCAAUUCCUGACGACCCUCCAUUCACUGCAAGAGUGACGAAUAUCCCUAGAGAAAUGGAUGAAUCCAAGGUGUAUGAUUUCUUUGUUGAAGGAUUAUCAUUGGCUACUCCAAAGGAUGAUAUCUCUGAUUUUUAUGCUCCUAAAGACAGUAUGACAGGUGAUUUGAGGGGAUUUGCGUUUAUUUCGUUUGGGAAACGUGAACUACUCGAGAAAGCAUUAGGAUUAUCAGCUUCUCCUUUAGGAGGAAGAACCAUUUAUGUUUCUGUUGCUGCUCCUGAUAGAAGAGAGCAUGGACCAAGAGGUAGAAUGCCUAAUGAGCCAGAGGCUGAACUGGAUUGGGGUGCUGCCAGAGACUCUCGUGCUGCUGUUCCUGAGAGGCAAGUGAGAGGAGAUCGAGGAGAGAGAGGAUUCGGUGGAGAUCGAGGAGAGAGAGGAUUCGGUGGAGAGAGAGGAUUUGGAGGAGACAGAGGAGAUAGACCACCUAGGGAGCCAGAGGUUGAACUUGAUUGGGGAUCUGCCAGAAAUACCCGAGAGGCUGUUCCUGAGAGAUCAACGAGAGGAUAUGGAGGAGACAGAGAAGAUAGAGGCAGCCGAGGAUUCGGAGGCAGCCAAGGAUUUGGAGGAGACAGAGAAGAUAGAGGCAGCCGAGGAUUUGGAGGAGAGAGAGGAUUUGGUGGUGAUAGAGGAGACAGACCUCCUAGAGAGCCAGAGGUUGAACUCGACUGGGGAUCUGCCAGAAAUACCAAGGAGGAAGUUCCAAAAAGGGAGAGAAGUGAUAGAGGUGAAAGAAGGAUGUGGAGUGAUCGUGGAGAACAUAGUGAACGUGGUGAACGUGGUGAGCAAGAAGAACGUACUUACAGACCAAAAAGAGAUGAACCAGAAUUGGAUUGGAGUACCGCACGUAACAGUCAAGCCAAGGUUGAAAGGCCGAGUAGUUCUAGCCAUGAGGGAAGUUACAGACCACCAAAACAUUCUGAGGGUGAAUCCAGAUGGUCUUCUGCACGUGAGACUCAUUCUGAGUUACCAGAGGGAAAGACCUUUGCAUCCAGAGAGUCUGGUCGCAGAGAAAGAGUCAAGAAAGACGAGCCAGAACUUGAUUGGUCGAAUUUCAGAGGUUCUGGACUGAAGGAUUUGGCUGCCAAGGGUAAGACCAGAUCUGCUAGAGGCUCUAAACAGGGUUCUAAGAGAUCUACACGCACAUCGAAUGAAACUAAGGACACGAAAGAGAAGAAGGAACCGAAGGAACUGAAGGAUUCAAAAGAACCAAAGGAACCAAAGGACAAGAAGGACAAGAAGGAGGUUAAGAGUCAUGAUGGUUUAAAGAAAUCGCGGUACCAGGUGUUGAUGAAUGAGGAAGAAGAUAAGCUCGAGCAGGCCACUGAGCCUGAGAGGGUCGCUGAGCCUGAGAAGUUCGCUGAGCCUGAGGUCGCUGAGCCUGAGGUUACUAAGUCUGAGGACUCCACUAGGUCUGAUGCACUUGCCGCUGCAACCGCUUCGUUGUCUUUGGAUGAAGGUUGGAGUGUUGCUAAAUAA